AUGGCCUCCAGGGGCGAUCAUGAGGUCCAGCACCUCCGAAAGGCAGCCGAAAACGAGGUCGAGGAGAAGCUGGGCCAGUCGGCCAUCUUCGAGGCCAAGCAGGCGUCGGACGACGAGCAUGCCCAGACCCUCAAGCAGGCGCUCAGUCAGAACAGAAAGGCGGUUUUCUGGUCUGUCAUGAUCUCCAUGUCGAUUGUGAUGGAAGGAUACGACGUCAUCUUGAUCAACAACUUCUUUGCGUACCCGGAGUUCCAGAGGAAGUAUGGCCGCUGGUACGGCCCGGAUAUCGGGUACCAGGUCUCCGGGCCGUGGCAAACAGGCCUGACGAUGGCUGCUACGGUCGGCGCCAUCUUUGGUGGCUUGAUGAACGGAUAUUUCGCGUCCAAGUACGGGUACAGAUGGGUCAUGAUCGGGGCCAUGUUCUUCCUGAACUGCUUCAUCUUCGUCGUCUUCUUCGCCCACUCGGCCGCGAUGCUGCUCGUGGGCCAGAUCCUGUGCGGUCUGUCGUGGGGUGUCUUCGCAACCCUCAGUCCCGCGUAUGGUGAGUUGCUGUCUGUUGACUCUCUGGCUCGGCUAGAGCUAACACAUCGCGACCCAGCUUCCGAAGUCUGUCCGACCAACCUACGAGGUUACAUGACGACAUACGUCAACCUUUGCUGGGCAAUUGGUCAGCUGAUUGCCGCUGGUGUCCUACGCGGGUGCCUCGGCAUUGAGGGCGAAAUGGCGUACCGCAUUCCGUUUGCCAUCCAAUGGCUAUGGCCCGUGCCGUUGAUGAUCAUCUCGUACUUCGCCCCAGAGAGCCCCUGGUACCUCGUGCGCAAAGACCGUCUCGACGAGGCCAGGCGCUCCAUCGAGCGGCUCAGCGGCGACAAGACGCAGGACCAGAUCAACGCCCAGCUGGCCAUGAUGGUCCACACCACCAAGGUCGAGUCCGGCGUGACCGCCGGGGUGACGUACCUGGACUGCUUCAAGGGCUUCGACCUGCGCCGCACCGAGAUCUGCUGCGUCGCCUUCGCCGGCCAGGUCAUGUCCGGCAGCAGCUUCGCCUACACGCCGACCUACUUCUUCACGACGGCGGGCAUGAACGUCGCCAACGCCUUCGAGCUCAGCCUGGGCGCCAAGGGCAUGGCGUUCAUCGGCACCGUGAUGUCAUGGUGGCUUAUCUCGUACUGGGGUCGCCGUCCUAUCUACGUCGUCGGCAUCGGCUCGCUCACCGUCAUUCUCUUCAUCGUCGGCAUCCUCGACGUCUCCGCGGGCGACAGAGGCCUGUGGCCGUCGGGCGGUCUCUGCGUCUUCUGGCUCUUCAUCUAUUCACUCACGAUUGGCCCGAUUACCUACAGCAUCAUUAGCGAGACGUCGUCAGUCCGUCUCCGGCCCCUCACCGUCGUGCUCUCCCGGAACGCAUACCAGCUGGUCAACAUUGUGUCGCAGGUUCUUCAGACUUACAUGAUGAACCCUACCGAGUGGAACUUGAAGGGGAAGGCCGGGUUCUUCUGGUCUGCCACGGCCGGCAUCAUAUUUGUGUGGUCAUACUUCCGUCUCCCCGAGUGCAAGGGCCGCACGUACGAAGAGUUGGACAUGUUGUUUGCCAGGAAGGUUUCCGCGAGGCAGUUCGCAAACGCCCACGUGGACGCAUAUGCCUCCUCCAAACAAGUCGAGGAUGUGAUGGAGGCUGGGCCACGGAAGGAAGAUCUCUGA